CAUAAAUCCAAGGAAUGCGUUGAACUUACACUUGAGUUUCACACUUGAGUUCAUUUUAAUUGUUGCUGCAACACAAAACACUAGUUAAAUUUACCUAAAACAAACACCACAGACUUAUUCGCGAUUUUAGAGCGAAGACAAUGCAUUUGGUAAGGCACCGCAACACCACUAUUGAAAGGGAAGUAGAAUCUGACAGAGAGUCCGACUUUCACAGCAACCCGGAAGAAGAUACAACCUGGCCCUUGGCGGUGAAAGUGUCCAGGACAACGGUGCACCUGUUGGACUACAAGAUGUUCAUUGCCGCUCGCCGUAUCCAGUCCUAUUGGCGUGGCCACCGCGUCCGAAAACAGCUCCAUCAGCGCUGGCAGGCUGCGAUUACCAUUCAACGAUGGUGGCGCGGCUUUCGGACUCGGCACAACCUGUGGGAACUUCUGGAAAGGCGUCUGCAGGACACACUCCUCGAGCACUUUCGCCGCGCGGCCAUCGUCAUCCAGGCUUUGUUUCGCGGCUGGCGGGACAGGCGGUACAUUCACAACGUUCGAAACCUGCGCCGCAUGCAGUCCUCCGCCGCCGAGGACCUGCUCAACUGCGUGAUCCUCCAGCUGAAUCACAUGAAACGGACCGGGUCACUACCGGGGAUCCUUUCGCUGCGAAACUCCCACUGCCUUUCAAAAGUCGAAAAACUGAUGAACACUAUGUUGUACCGAUUUCACAAUAAUCGGGUGUUCUCGAUGGUAGCCAGCACUAUAUCCCAAAAGGAGGUUAACCGCAGGUACUUUGAGUCCAGCUUGUUCUAUACCCAGUUUCCCUAUGCCGGUCCCAACUUCAAUGAGCUAUGUCCUUUCACCGACGAAGAAAAACUGGUGGUCAAGGACUUACCUAUUGAUCUGCGCUAUGCCAAAAUUUUUGCAGAGUACGAAGAGUCUCAGCUGGAUUCCAAUUUAAAAAAAUCCCAUCGUCGUUCUGUAGAUCGCAAACGGCAAAAGCAUAUGGACAAGAUAAUCAAUCAAGAAAUGCUUGCGAAACGUAAAUUCUGCGAGGAUGUUAAAGAACGCAUGCAAAAAUGGAAGAUAUGGCUCUAACGUUAAUACUAAGCCUAGUAUUAAAAGAGACUUGAUAAUCUGCUGAGGACCUACAAAGUAAGCACAACCGAACCCUUUGGCAAUUUGGGAAGCUUGUACGAAAAAUAUGCCUUCGGAUAAAUUCAAGUCAAACAUAUCUUUAUACACCUUACAGAAUAUACUCCAAUGUUUAAUAA